CAGGGGUAUGAUAUUGUGACGUGACGUUCUUUACUACUUAGUGCUCCUACAUACUACUCGAAAGCAUGUUUAACUAUGUAGUACUUGAGCUUGAUUGUGUGAGAUCGCACUAGCACUAGGCGACAAAAAUUCUUGUUUGGUCAAGUUUGACGAUCUUCGCUACUACGCCUUGAGCACAUCGUCAAUGGCAUCAACGGAGCCAACGCACGAAACAGUCAUCAAUGCCGAACCCAUCAACCAAGAACACCACAAAGACCAAGAUACCUCAGAUGCCCAAGUUCAAAUAAUCGCAUCUCUCCGUUCUCAAGUUACCGAUCUUUUCUCGCAAGUUACGCAGCUCAACGGAAAGCUCGUCAAAUCCUACGACCGCGUCUCCGACCUCGAAGAUCAGCUGCACGAUUGUGAGAGCUCUCUGCGAAAUGCGAGUAUCACUGUAUCAUCGCUCGAGCUUGAGCGCACCCACCACCUCGCUGCGCUCGAUACAGGGCUGCUGGUCGAGAAAGAGCAUGUCACCGCUGAGCUGAACAGGCUUAUGGAACGUGCGACGGAAGAAGCUGCGCAGCGUGGGCAAGCAGAGACAGCUAGGAGUGAUAUUGAGAAAGAACUCGAUGAUCUUAGUGCAUCGUUGUUUCACCAGGCGAACACGAUGGUCGCAGAAGCACGAUUGGCCCGGGCCGCGAGCGAACGCAAGGUACGCGAGGCGGAGGAGGCGCUAAAGGGAGCUGAGGAAGCCGUCAAAGUGAUGCAGACCCAGAUGCAGACUCUACAUGCUGAAAAAGAGGAUGCUGAGCGUCAUGCGGAGGAGGCGCGACUCAUUAUGGGAAAGGGCAAGUGGGUCGAGCGGGACACGCAGCUGGUUCAACAGUAUCCGGGAGAUGUACGGAAAAUGCGCUUAGUGACCGUGCACGUCCCCUAUGCAGAGUUCAUCGCGUUUAUUUCGCACCUUCGGGGACUGAGGGUUUCACAGGCUACUUCACCUGUUAUCUCAACGCUUCUGGGUCUACCGUUCCUCGCACGGUUGCUCACUGAGGAUUCAGAACCGACCGUCCGGCUAGACCUGGCCCCCUCGUUAAACUGGCUCUCCCGGCGAUCCGUUCUAGCAGCGAUCCACACAGGAAUGCUCAUUGUUGAGCCAGUGCCAUUCUCAUCGCUUGUGCAGGAACUGUACCCCCACUCUCAAGCAAACACACCUGUUUCCAUUUCAUGUGCUCUUUGCGGGACGGCAAUCGUGCGUGCCCAAUCGCACGAAGCACCCCCAAGCCACCCACUCGCGUCCCUCGCGCGCAGCCGCAACAAUGUCCGCCUCACGAAUGGUAACCUCUGGUUCAAGAAUCCACUUUUCAACUCCUCAUCAAGUCAUGUUGGACAUGACGCAGAUAUCGAGCAGCCUGAGCAAGUGUACGUAUUCCGUCUGGCACCUGCCACUCCUGCCCCAGCUAUCGCGCCAUCUAUACCACUGCACACCUCUUCGCCUUCUACACCUUCAUUUCCCGUAUCCAGGCCAUCAGCGUACCCCACGGGGGCAACCCGCACAAAUUCUACUCAAACACACCAGCCCUAUCCGUUAUGUACAUCCAAUUACUGUCUCAUGCGCCUCCGAAGUACGUGUUCCCUGUGGGCUUUCGUCCGCUCAUGCGUCGUGGAGCGUAUUUGGGAGGAGGAACCUGUUAUACCCGAUAAGAAGCCCAUGAUUUCGGAUGCGAAUCGGACGGAUAAUACUCAAGAGUCGAAUAAAAAGAAUGCUGCUCCAGCUGCGAGUGCAUUUGCGAGCCCUGCGGGUGAGAAGCCACCUGUGCCUCCUCGUCGCAGGCGGCUUUGGGAGAUGGCGAGUGCACUUGGGGAGAGGGCUGCUAGCUGGACUGAAAAUUCCAAGGACAAGGAUAAAGAUAAGGACAAGGACAAGGAAAAAGAGAAAGGAAAGGAUGAGGAAACGGGCAAGAAAAUUGUGAGGAAACUUCCGCCACCGCCACCUACCCUCCCUUCUGUUCCCGAUCUACCUGUUCAAGCACCCCCUCCCCUGCCAAAAAGGAGCGAAGAACGUGGCCAUUCAAUCGACACUCGCACUGCUGUUUCAAACGAUACUGACAAAAAGGCCGGUUCUGAAGCUGGGACGUCCGGUUCUCAAGAAUCGUUUACCACCCCCAUUGAUGAAGUGUCCUCUUCUCGCCCGUUUUCCGUAGAUCUGUCUUCUCCACAAAACAUAAUACAGCCCCAGGCCCCAGCUUUACAGCCAGAACGCCCUCCCUCCCCACACACCAUUCCCCUGCCAGAGACACCCACGUCACCUGUAUUCCGUGCUACAUCGCCACCUCCGCGCCCACGUUCUCGUGUGGCCUCUCCAGCUCCCUUACCUUCACGCAUCUCUUCGCCGAUACCUCAUCGUGUCAGUAUACCUAUUGCUCCGAGUCGAUCGAGAGCCGGAUCGCCAGCUCCCCCACGCGCGGGCUCUCCAUUCUCGUCCUCCAGGGCCGCUUCGCCUGUACCAAAUGGAGCUCCACCUGUCCCCAAGCGCGCUCCUGCACGAAGGGCAGUUCCUGUGCCCCCCACUGCUUCACAGACCGAAGCAAAGGAAGCAAUUCCGAUGCGUUCGACUGAAAUCAGCAAAGAUGAGACCCCAUCGAAAGUUGAGGCACCUACUACUGAGAAGGGAGAAGAACACAAACCAUCUGCUCCCGCUGAACAGAAAGCAGCUGCGGGUGAGGACGCUGUAGAGCCCUCGACGGCCAAGCAUGACAUCGCCGAAACCCCCAACCCCCUACCUAAUGCGAAUAUGAACGGAGAUGUGUCUCUCGAAAAGCGAGCAUCCGUGGAUGUUUCUCCCCACGCCACGCAAGCCACUGUUGUCGACCGAUUCUCCGAAGCUGGCCAAACCAGGCGUGCGUCCGAGGAUUCCAGCACACACGGGAAAUCUAUCGACACGAGUAGUACAAAGCGCUCUUCUACUAGCGAUGAGGAAGGUUACGCUGGUGACGCCACAUGGGAGGAUCGUACGUGGAAAGAAAUUGUACGUUUGAAAGAAGACAUGUUUUGGGCGCGUGUUGGGGGCGUGCGGUAGUGCUUUGCGGUGUACCUGCUGCUGCUGCUGCUCAUCUAUUUCAUGGUAGGAUAUAAUUUGUAUGCCCACAUAUGUGCAGAUGUGUGCAUUAUCGUCUGGACUUGUUGUUGAAUUUAAGACGGACUAGCUUGGACUACAUU